GGGGCGGGCGGAGGGGGCGGCGCGCGGGCGGGCGGGAGCGCGCGGCGCUGGUGGCGGUGGCUGCACGCGCCGUGCCUGCACCGAGCGCAGCGGCAGCAGCGACGAGCAGCAGCAGCAGCCGCCGCCGCCGGGGCGCACGGCGAUGCCCGCGCUGCUCCGCGCGCCGACCGCCCCCUGAAGACACCCCUCUAUUUUCUCCCCCUCCAGCAACCUCGAGCUCUUCCCCCCCCUCCCCCUUCCCCCCCUCUUUUUCCCCCUCCCCUGCCUCUUUUAUCCCCCUUCCCGCAACCCUCUCCGCCCUCCCCGGCUGGCGUGUGGAUGCGGCCCGGGGUGUCUGGCUGCGCGGGUGGCGAGAGCAGAUGCUGAGGGGCCGGAGGAGGAUGGAGUGCACCCUCGAUGCGCAGAGUUUGAUCAGUAUUUCCCUGCGGAAGAUCCACAGCUCCCGCACGCAGCGAGGCGGCAUCAAGCUCCACAAGAACCUGCUCGUCUCCUAUGUGCUCCGCAACGCCCGGCAGCUCUACCUGAGCGAGCGCUACGCCGAGCUCUACCGCCGCCAGCAGCACUACCCCGACGGCGCCGCGCUGCUCGCCGGGCCCGCCGCCUGCCCGCCGCCCGCCGCCGCCCCGCCGGAGCUGCUGCCGCUGCCCGCCGACGCGCCGGACCGCGAGGCGCGGAGCUGCGCGGCCGCGCGGGGCGGCGCGGAGCUGCUGGAGGGGCCCGUGUGCGCGGCGCCCCCGGAGCUGCAGCGAGCGCCCUGCAGGGACUCGUCGCCCGCCUUCUACCGGGGCGCCGGGCCCGGCGGCGGCGGCGCGGCCCCGGGGCUGCUCUACGCCGCCGGCUGCGACUUCGCGGGCGGCGGGGCGCCGCACUGUAGCAGCCGCACCACCGUGCUGGACUUGGACACGCACGUCGUGACCACGGUGGAGAACGGGUACCUGCACCAGGACUGCUGCUCGCAGUGCCCCUGCUGCUGCCAGCCCGCCCCGGCGCCCGCCUCCCCGCCGCCCGCGCCCGGCGCCAAGCGCAAGUAUUACCCGGGGCAGGAGGAAGAGGAGGGGGUGGAGGAAGGGGAGCCGGGGGGAGGCGGGGUGGCGGGCGGCCCCCCCUUCGCCCCGUGCACCAAGCGCGCCCGCUUCGAGGAGUACAGCGCCGAGCACCCGCAGGACUCUUCCAACAUCUCCAACUUGAUCUCCAUCUUCGGCUCCGGUUUCACGGGGCUGGUGAGCCGGCAGCAGGCGGACUCGGAGCAGCCCCUCAACGGGCAGCUGUGCAGCAAGCAGGCGCUGGCGAGCCUCGGAGCCUGGACUCGGGCCAUCGUCGCGUUUUAGAGAGGGGCGCGGAGGAGCGGGCGCGAUGCGGGGCUCCGGGGGGCACCCCGAGACAAAGGCGGGGGGGGCUGGGGCGGCGGGGGGGGGGGGCGGCGGGGCGGCGGGAGGGCAGAGCCACGCUAGUGUUUUAUAAAUUGUACAAUAAAGAAAAAAAAAUCUAAGAUCUUGGGACUUUAUUUUUGCAGAGAUGAGAAAGAAAAAAAAACACGCGAAAGGAAAAAAAAAAAAAAAAAAAGCACCCCCCCCCACCACCCCCCCAGGCACCUAUUUAAAUAAUCCUCUUUGUGUCCGCCCGGGGGUCGCUUUGCUGCGGGGCUCCCGGGGCCGGAGCCGCCACGUGAGAGCCGGGCCCGGCCCGGCGGCAGCAGCCCGGGACACCCAGGGCCCGCCCGGCCCCCUCCGCCUCCAGGGGCUUUUUUCCCCCCUUCCCGGAGCUGCUGAAGCGGGAUCCCUCCGUGCCCCCCUUCCCCAGCUCGGCUCCGGUUCUGGGGGUGCGGGCAGCGCGCAGCCCUUCCCGGCUGCCUUUUGUGCGUUUCUUUAGGGAAACCAACAAAAAAACCCAGGCGCAAAGGAAAACGGAGCAACUUUGCUCCGCGGAGAAACGUGCGCGAUGUGACUUCGCCUCCCCGCCGCUUGUGCCGGGUGACACCGCGGGGGCAAAGCCGCCCCCCCCCCCCCCCCAGGGGCAGCGGCCGGGCCGGCGGCAGCGGCGGGCAGGGGGGAGCCGCCCGCACCCGCCGCAGGUACCCGCGUCCCCGCUCGCCUCCCGGAGCCUCACUCCGUCCUCCUCUCCCCCCCCCCCUUUUUUUUUUUAAGUUCAACUGUUCUGGUUUCAGCCUUCCAAAAUCAUAAAACCAGCAUUGUCCGCUCUUGUGAAGAGAUCUGUCUCCCUUAGAGCCUUUUCUUUUUUUUUUUUAAUUAAGGAAAAACCUUUUGUUGUAAAAAGGUGGGUUUUCUGGUCCCCCCCCCUUGUUUUUUUUUGCAGCCUGCCCACUCCCAACUUCACGGUAUCAGCACUAUGUGUAACUGAGGAUGCUUUGCCAAACGGUCUGUUGGGUUUUCUUUUUCCUUUUUUUUCCCUUUGUUUGUAAGCCUGUAUUUUUGUGCAUAUGAAUUGUAUAUCACCGGGUAAAACUGUUCAGAUUUGUUUAAAUUUAUAACCUUAAUAAAAAGUCGAUUAUAAA